GCCUCCUCCUCCUCCACCCACCACUACUAAUACCCCUCUCGCCUCUCCGGAGCGGAGCGCAGCAGCCAGCGUUGUUGGUGUAUGGUAGAGUUGGGUCUGUAGAGUCCGCUCUUUCCGUGAGGAAGGAGGAACAGGCCACGAGCCGCCGGGUUUCGGCGCCGUCCAACCACCGCACCGCCGCGCGCCGCCGCCGUCGUCAGACAUGGGCGGGCUCGAGGAGAUCAGGAACGAGGCCGUCGAUCUGGAGAACAUUCCCAUCGAGGAGGUGUUCGAGCAGCUGAAAUGUACGCGCGAGGGGCUCACCUCCGACGAGGGCGCACAGCGCGUCACCAUCUUCGGCCUCAACAAGCUCGAGGAGAAGAAGGAGAGCAAGGUGCUCAAGUUCUUGGGGUUCAUGUGGAACCCGCUGUCGUGGGUCAUGGAGAUGGCCGCCAUCAUGGCCAUUGCGCUGGCCAACGGUGAAGGGAAGCCCCCGGACUGGCAAGAUUUUGUCGGUAUUAUCGUUCUCCUGGUCAUCAACUCCACCAUCUCUUUCAUUGAGGAGAACAACGCCGGCAACGCCGCUGCCGCUCUCAUGGCCAACCUUGCCCCCAAGACAAAGGUGCUGAGGGAUGGCAGAUGGGGUGAGCAGGAGGCAUCAAUCUUGGUUCCUGGUGACAUUGUCAGCAUCAAGCUCGGUGACAUCGUCCCUGCUGAUGCUCGUCUCCUUGAGGGUGAUCCUCUCAAGAUUGAUCAGUCUGGACUUACAGGAGAGUCGCUCCCCGUGACCAAGAACCCUGGGGAUGAGGUCUUUUCUGGUUCAACGUGCAAGCAAGGUGAGAUUGAGGCUGUGGUCAUUGCCACUGGAGUACACACUUUCUUUGGCAAGGCUGCUCAUCUCGUUGACAGCACCAACCAAGUGGGACACUUCCAGAAGGUUCUCACUGCAAUCGGAAACUUCUGUAUCGUCUCGAUCGCUGUGGGAAUCGUCAUUGAGAUCAUAGUCAUGUUUCCCAUCCAGCGCCGCAAAUACCGUGCUGGCAUUGAGAACCUGCUGGUCCUCUUGAUCGGUGGUAUCCCAAUUGCCAUGCCUACUGUUUUGUCAGUCACCAUGGCCAUUGGUUCUCACAAGUUGUCGCAGCAAGGUGCCAUCACUAAGAGGAUGACUGCCAUUGAAGAGCUGGCUGGCAUGGAUGUGCUUUGCAGUGAUAAAACUGGCACACUCACUCUUAACAAGCUCAGUGUUGACAAGAACCUCGUAGAGGUUUUUGCCAAAGGCGUUGACAAAGAACAUGUUCUGUUGUUGGCUGCAAGGGCAUCAAGGGUUGAAAACCAGGACGCCAUCGAUGCUUGCAUGGUUGGUAUGCUUGCUGAUCCCAAGGAGGCAAGAGCUGGCAUCAGGGAAGUACACUUCUUGCCCUUCAACCCUACUGACAAGAGGACUGCUUUGACGUACAUCGAUGCCGAAGGUAACUGGCACCGUGCCAGCAAGGGUGCUCCGGAGCAGAUUAUUACCCUGUGCAACUGCAAGGAGGAUGUGAAGAGGAAGGUGCACUCUGUGAUUGAGAAGUAUGCUGAGCGGGGCCUUCGUUCGCUUGCCGUUGCAAGACAGGAAGUACCUGAGAAAAGUAAGGAUUCUCCUGGUGGACCAUGGCAAUUCAUUGGUCUGUUGCCCCUGUUUGAUCCCCCAAGGCAUGACAGUGCUGAGACCAUUCGUAAGGCACUUGUUCUUGGUGUCAAUGUCAAGAUGAUCACAGGUGACCAACUUGCUAUUGGAAAGGAGACGGGAAGGAGGCUUGGCAUGGGCACAAACAUGUAUCCUUCCUCUGCAUUGCUUGGUCAAAGCAAGGAUGGUUCACUUGAAUCACUUCCAGUCGAUGAGCUCAUUGAGAAGGCUGAUGGUUUCGCAGGAGUCUUCCCUGAGCACAAAUAUGAGAUUGUGAAGAGGCUGCAAGAGAAGAAGCACAUUGUUGGUAUGACUGGAGAUGGUGUGAAUGAUGCUCCUGCGCUUAAGAAGGCCGACAUUGGUAUUGCUGUUGAUGAUGCUACAGAUGCUGCUAGAAGUGCCUCAGACAUUGUGCUUACUGAGCCAGGUCUUAGUGUCAUUAUCAGUGCUGUCCUCACCAGCAGAUGCAUUUUCCAGAGGAUGAAGAACUACACAAUUUAUGCAGUUUCCAUCACCAUCCGUAUUGUGCUUGGCUUCAUGCUUAUUGCGUUGAUCUGGAAAUUUGAUUUUGCUCCCUUCAUGGUCCUCAUCAUUGCCAUUCUCAAUGACGGUACUAUCAUGACAAUAUCCAAGGACAGAGUAAAGCCUUCUCCGUUGCCUGACAGCUGGAAGCUCAAUGAAAUCUUUGCCACCGGUGUUGUGCUUGGAACCUACCUUGCUCUGAUGACCGUUGUCUUCUUCUGGGCAAUUCACAAGACCGACUUCUUCACGAAUAAAUUCGGUGUGAGGUCAAUCAGGAACAGUGAGUUUGAGCUGAUGUCAGCCCUGUACCUGCAAGUCAGUAUUGUGAGCCAGGCCCUCAUCUUCGUGACUCGUUCUCGCAGCUGGUCUUUUGUUGAGCGCCCUGGUUUCCUCUUGGUCACUGCGUUCUUGCUUGCACAAUUGGUUGCGACACUCAUCGCUGUCUACGCCAACUGGGAAUUUGCCCGGAUCAAGGGAAUUGGCUGGGGCUGGGCUGGUGUUAUCUGGCUCUUCAGCAUCGUGUUCUACUUCCCGCUCGAUGUUUUCAAGUUCUUCAUCCGUUUUGUGCUGAGUGGAAGGGCCUGGGACAACCUCCUGCAGAACAAGACUGCAUUCACCACCAAGAAGGACUAUGGUAGAGGGGAGAGGGAGGCACAAUGGGCUACCGCACAGAGAACUCUUCAUGGCCUUCAAGCACCUGAGUCGAACAACAACACAUUGUUCAAUGACAAGAGCAGCUACCGUGAGCUCUCUGAGAUCGCUGAACAAGCCAAGAGAAGAGCUGAGAUUGCAAGGCUGAGAGAGCUGAAUACGCUAAAGGGCCACGUUGAGUCUGUCGUGAAGCUGAAGGGACUCGACAUUGACACCAUCAACCAGAACUACACAGUGUGAGUGAUAUCGGCACUCCAACAAAAAACAUGACACCCGUAUUGGAGCGGGAUUGAAAUGGAGCUCCGCUUUAAGAAUUUUUCGGUGAAUGAAAUGAAAGAAACAUGGCUGAUGUGACCAGCCCUAGUUGUAAAGUGCUACCAAAUAUAUGGUUUUCGGUUUCGGUCUUCUAGAGAGGUUUUAUGUUCUAGUGGAGUACCUUGUUGGAGCACGGUAUGGCGUGCUGUAAUCGUCGGUCUCGCGUUUUCCCCUUUCCCCUAACUAGUCUGUGAUCUUGCGGAGGCAAGAUGGAGAAAUAAUUGUUGCAAAAUUUUCUACCAAACUUGCAAUCUCUUGAAUUUGAUACAAGCACACAGCAAUGAAGUUUCAGCGUCUUCUAUUUUC